AUGGAAGCUUGUCACCCGCGACAGCAAUCCAAUGUCACUUCAUAUGGGGCCAUGGCUUUGGCCAUCAUCACCCUGGAGGCAUUUCCUGGCUUGUGGAUAAAUGCCUUCCUUGUUUGUGUGCUUUGCAUUGCCUGGGUCAAAAAGAAAACCUUGAACUCUAAUGAGAAGAUCUUGCUGCUGCUGGGAUGCUCCAGGUUUUGGUGUUUGUGCUUCUCAUGGGUAUAUUGCUCCCUUUCAAUAACUUGUCCCAAUUACCUUUUUGUUCAACCCACAUUUCAACUAAUUGUACUUUUUCAAAGCUUUUUUAAUGGUUCCAACUUGUGGGUUUCUGCCUGUCUUUGUGUUUUUUAUUGUAUAAAAAUCGCCAAUUUCAGGAACAGCUUCUUCAUCUACCUGAAAGUAAAAACAGACAGGAUUGUGCCUUGGCUUUUGUUGGCAUCAUUGCUUUCAGCCUUGGCUAUCAGCAUCAUUGCCUAUGACAUCGCUGUUACAAAGCUCAGUAUCAACCGCAAUUCCACUGGGCAAGGAAAUUUUUCAAAAGUUAGUGGCAAAAUGGAUGAAAAUUUUUUCCAGAUAUUCUUUAUCUAUGGCUUUGGAUUUGUCACAUCUUUCACAAUAGUCAUCUCUUCUGCCCUUCUCCUUCUCUUUUCUCUCUGGAGACACAAAUGCAAGAUGCAGAAAAACUCCAUGAACAGCCUCAGCAUGGAUGCCCACAUCAAAGCCAUGAAAUCUAUUCUCUCCUUUUUUAUAAUGUAUAGUAUUAACUUUAUGUUUUUGAUUCUGUCACUAAUUCCUUCAACAAAGGAAGAAAAUUAUGUGGCACUUCUUAGUUUAGUAUUUCUGUAUGCUUUUCCAGGUGUUCAUUCCCUUAUUCUGAUUUUCAGCAAUCCCAAACUGGAAAAGACACUGAUAAGGUUUCUAUCCUGUGUCAAGUGCAAGGAUUGCAUGAGGUAG